CAUGGAUGGAUGUGUUUUCCCUCGUAUUGAACAGCAGGCGGAAGAGGAGGUGUGCUUAACAUUUAACCUUUUUUGCCAUACAAUGUGAAAAUGGCGUUAUGAACGGAAAGAACCACGAGCAACGGGCAAAUAAAGUUUUCAGAGGAGCAGCAUGGGGAACACGAGCAGUGAGAGGAGCGGAGCGGCUCAAGGGGAGAAGGCGCAGAGGCGAGAGAGCCGCGGCGCUAAAGAUGGAGCUCGACCCAAAAUACUGAUGGACAGCGCGGAGGACGGGGACAUAUUUCAAGCAGAUGAUGCAAAGGUGGUGAACUACAGUACAGAGUUUCUAGCCUGGCAACAAGAUCAGGAAUCAGAUUGUAAAACUUCGCUAGAGGAAAGGCCCACUGUGUUCCGCUAUAACGGUCCAGGGAAAGAGAUCUACUUGUCUGGCUCAUUUAAUAACUGGGCCAAAAUCCCCUUGAAUAAGAGUCAUAAUAAUUUUGUGGCAAUAAUUGACCUGCCAGAGGGAGAGCACCAGUAUAAGUACUACGUAGACGGAUACUGGACAUUAGAUCCCAAGGAGCCUGUUGUGACCAACAAGUCAGGUGUCGUGAAUAAUGUAAUUAAAGUGAGGAAAACUGACUUCGAGGUAUUCGACGCACUGAAGACCGACUCGGAAAAAUGUGCAGAUAUGUCAGACUUGUCCAGCUCACCUCCUGGACCAUACCACCAGGAUUCCUACACUAUCAAAUCAGAGGACAAACUGCGCUCUCCACCCAUCCUUCCACCACACCUGCUGCAGGUGCUCCUCAACAAAGAUACUGGAAUCUCUUGUGAUCCCACUCUGCUGCCUGAACCAAACCAUGUGAUGCUCAACCACCUGUACGCUCUGUCCAUUAAGGAUGGCGUGAUGGUCCUCAGUGCAACACAUCGCUACAAAAAGAAGUAUGUGACCACACUGCUGUACAAGCCUGUAUGAUCACAAUCGGCCUGUGUGAACUCCAAAACGAUUCUCUCCGGUUUCUGUCUGAUACAGUCUUGUACUGCAAAAUGUUACCCAUCAAGGGAAGGGACCAUACAUGUUGAAACUCGCGCGCGCGUGUGUGUGCACGUGUGUGUGUGUGUGUGUGUGUGCGUGCGUGUGCGUGUGUGUGUGUGUGUGUCCAAAUGUCAGGCAGGUUGUAAAAAUGGAAUGUAAAAUGGAAUCAUGAUAUCUUCAAAGUUUGUACAACAAUAUGAUUUGAUAUACACAGUAUAUAAUUUCUUCUUAUGAAGCUUUAAUUUUUAGGCUUUCUAAAAUAUACUACAGCUGCAUUUUUGGUCAUAAUUGUGCCUUGGCUGGAUUUUGCUUUUGCUUGUUCUUAAUCGAUUAUUGAAGAUUCCUGCAUAUAAAACGGUGAGAGAAAAUAACUGUUAAUGAAUGGUCCAAUUUUACUAAUAAAAUGCACUUACAGACAUCA